AUGUAUCGUAAAUUAUUAUCACCUUCGCAAUCUAUUAUCAACAGAUGUAUAGCUUCAGCAAGUUCAUCAUCGAUAAAAUCUAAGGCAAAAAAUGUAUCAUCAAAAACUCAAUCGAUUAUUGAUCGUGAAACACGUUAUGGAGCAGCAAAUUAUCAUCCAUUACCUGUUGUUAUUCAACGUGGAUCUGGUCCAUAUGUAUGGGAUAUAGAUGGAAAUCGUUAUUUUGAUUUCCUUUCGGCUUAUUCAGCUGUUAAUCAAGGACAUUGUCAUCCGAAAAUUCUUGAGGCUCUUAAAAAACAAGCCGAAACAAUAACAUUAACAUCAAGAGCAUUUCAUAACGAUAUUCUUGGAGAAUUUGAACAGUAUGCAUGUGAACUAUUUGGUUACGAGAAACUUUUACCAAUGAAUACCGGUGUCGAAGGUGGAGAAACCGCUAUUAAACUUGCUCGUAAAUGGGGAUAUAAUGUCAAAGGUAUCCCAAAAAAUAAAGCAGUUGUUCUCUUUGCUGAAAAUAAUUUCUGGGGUCGUACAUUGGCAGCAGUAUCAAGUUCAACUGAUCCAUCAUGUUACGAAGGUUUCGGACCAUAUAUGCCUAAUUUUAAAACUAUUCCCUAUAAUAAUUUACAAGCAUUAGAAGAAGCAUGUAAAGAUAGUAAUGUAUGUGCAUUUAUGGUUGAACCAAUUCAAGGUGAAGCCGGUGUAUUUGUUCCUCAUGAGGGUUAUCUAUCUGGUAUUCGAGAUAUCUGUACAAAAAAUAAUGUUCUUUGGAUUGGUGAUGAAAUUCAGACAGGUCUUGGUCGAACUGGAAAAUUACUUGCAUGUGAUCAUGAAAAUGUUCGACCAGAUAUUCUUAUCCUUGGUAAAGCAUUGGCUGGUGGUUUUUAUCCGGUGUCCGCUGUUUUAGCAAAUGAUAAAUUAAUGCAUAUAUUUACUCCCGGUACUCAUGGUUCAACUUUUGGUGGAAAUCCAUUAGGAGCUCGACUUGCUGUUACUUCUCUUAAAGUUUUAAUCGAAGAAGGAAUGGUUGAAAAUGCUGCUCGAAUGGGUGAAUUAUUACGCAGUGAAUUAAAGCGUUUACCAAAAGAUGUAGUUAAACUCGUUCGUGGUAAAGGUUUACUUAAUGCAAUUGUCAUUAAUUCAGAUUAUGAUGCAUGGGAACUCUGUUUACAUUUACGUGAUCAUGGUCUUUUAGCAAAACCAACUCAUGGUGACAAAAUACGUUUUGCUCCACCAUUAAAUAUAACAAAAGAUGAAGUACUUGAAUGCUGUUCUAUUAUUAGUAAAGCAAUCAAUGCCAUGAAAUAA